UCAUGCGAUGUACAUGAUAUAUCUAUAUAUAUGAAUGUAUAUAUAAAUAUUUCUGUCCAAAGAGAGUAAACGCUGAAAAUUGAAUAAUUUCAUGUAUAAUUUGCAAUUAUACUUGCAUUAUAAUGACCGGGAGUGAUGUAAAACAAGCUCUCAGAAAGCUAGAUUUUCCUUAUUGCGCCAGGGAAGCUCUAUGCAGAAUCGAAAUACUUUGCUGCAGACCCGGUAAACAAGUCGAUCUACAAAUGGACUUGAUUUCGGAGUUUGUGUUUGGAGAGAUAGAGAAACGAAAGAAACGUAACAUGACCAUGGCGAUACAAGAAUUGCAACUGAUAGAAAUUAUGAGCGACUUUUUUCAAAGUCCAGGUGGCACGCCAGCAGUACGCAAUGCUCUCUUUCUAUCGCUUUUCCCAGCAGAUAGUUCCAGAUAUAAGACUUUAGGUAACCUAGUAUCUUUGGCAAUUGCCACGCAAAACAAAGCGGUGCUGAACGCUGCUGGCAUCUGGAUGCAGCAAUUGGGUUCCACUUCGGUGCAAAGUGUAGGAUUGGCAAGGCAUAUACUCAAUGAUUAUUUUGUACUUACGCCAAAAUCCAUCGAUAAACUGAAGCAGUUACCUGUACUCGCGCCACAUUUCACCGCAAACUUAUUAACGGCAAUAGGUGAAGUUUAUGAAGACAAAGAUCCACCUAUGGAGCUGCUCAGAUUGCUAGGUGAAUGGAUUGAUGAGAAUCCAAGUUUACUAUUGACUCCCUUAAUGGACAAUCCAGCGUUGCCCACUGGUGGAAUUCCAAUGACACCGAUAACACCUAUAGCAGGCCUGUUUAGGUAUUUUAUGUGGUGCAUAUUGAGUCCUUUGCGUCAUGACGCCGCAGAGAAUAAGGAGGGUCAGCAAGAGACGCGAAAAUUUUAUUCAAAAGUUCAGCAGUUGCUCAUGGAUUCGGUAUUGCGUCUAAAUAGCAGCGGUAGCAACAAGCAUGCGAUAUCGGCGCAGCAUUUGGCAUCUACCACUCGUUUAUUAACGACGAACUUGCAAAAUCGUGCAAACAUAGAUACGGCUUCGCGUGAUUUAGCCAUGGAGCGACUUGCGCAAGCUGUCAGUGCGGCCAUGUCUGCAAAUUGUAUUUAUGGAAAUAAACAAGAACUAUUGGCGCUUUUGCAACCAUUAUCGUAUCAGCAUUUUUUAAUCGAAUGGACAUUACAAACUUAUGCAACUAAAGCAGCUUGAGACACUAUAAUGACAAUGUGUUUAUUUCACAGAUAAUUUAGUAAUUAUUGUUUGUACAUAAAAAGAUGCAAUUUUAUUGGACUUAAUUAUACAUGAAUAUUUAACUACUAUACAUUUAAUUUUUAGCCUAAAAAGGCUUGAA